CGUUGCCACAGCCCAGGGAAAAGUGCUCCGUGAAGCGGCAGUGCCUCUCCGCCUCGCCUUUUCCUCCCGGACUCGGGUCGUGGCUCCGGCUCCGGCUCCGGCGCAAGCCGGUGGGGCGCGCGCUAGGGACCCCUCGGUGCCCGGGAGCGCAGGGCGCGGGGACCCGGGCGCGGGGAGGGGGCGAGGCCGGUGCCCGCGCCCGCACAUGGCCGGAGCCCCGCGCGCUCCCCGAGGCGCCGCGCCCAGCUCUCCAGAGGGCCGUCGGCUGCGCCCGGACGCCCCGCAGCCAGGCAGCGGCUGAGCGGGGACGCGCCCGCGCCCGGGGAUCGGGAUGUCCCUCCUCCUCGUCCUCUCGCUAGUUUCCUACUGUGUUGGAACCCUGGGAACUCACACUGAGAUCAAGCGAGUGGCAGAGGAAAAGGUCACUUUGCCCUGUCACCAUCAACUGGGGCUCCCUGAAACAGACACCCUGGAUAUCGAAUGGCUGCUCACUGAUAAUGAAGGGGGACAAAAAGAGGUGAUCACUUACUCCAGCCGUCGCGUCUAUAGUAACUUCUCUGAGGAGCAGAAGGGCCGAGUGGCCUUUGCGUCCAAUUUCCUGGCAGGAGAUGCGUCCCUGCAGAUCGAACCUCUGAAGCCCAGUGAUGAGGGCCGGUACACGUGCAAGGUGAAGAACUCAGGGCGCUACAUGUGGAGUUACGUCAUCUUAAAAGUCUUAGUGAGACCAUCCAAGCCCAAGUGUGAGCUGGAAGGAGAGCUGACCGAAGGAAGUGAUCUGACACUGCAGUGUGAGUCAUCCUCUGGCACAAAGCCUAUUGUGUAUUACUGGCAGCGAAUUCGAGAGAAAGAGGGUGAGGACGAGCAUCUGCCUCCCAGGGCUACGAUUGACUUCAACAACCCUGGCCGAGUUCUUCUGCACAACCUCACUAUGUCCUCUUCUGGGCUGUAUCAGUGCACAGCAGGCAAUGAGGCUGGGAAAGAAAGCUGUGUGGUGCGAGUGACAGUACAGUAUGUACACAGCAUCGGUAUGGUUGCCGGAGCAGUGACAGGCAUAGUGGCUGGAGCCCUGCUGAUAUUCCUCUUGGUGUGGCUGAUAAUCCGGAGGAAAGACAAAAAAAGAUAUGAGGAAGAAGAGAGACCUAAUGAAAUUCGAGAAGACGCUGAAGCCCCAAAGGCCCGCCUUGUGAAACCUAGCUCUUCUUCCUCAGGCUCCGGGAGCUCGCGCUCUGGCUCUUCUUCCACUCGCUCCACAGCAAAUAGUGCCUCACGUAGCCAGCGGACAAUGUCAACUGAAGCAGCACCCCAGCCAGGGCUGGCCACCCAGGCAUACAGCCUAGUGGGGCCAGAGGUGAGAUGCUCUGAACCAAAGAAAGUCCACCACGCUACCCUGACCAAAGCAGAAACCACCCCCAGCACAAUCCCCACCCAGAGCAGAGCCUUCCAAACUGUCUGAAUGAGAGUGGACUUGACUCCGUGAUUUGCUAGGAGUCAGGAUGUCAGGACUCUCCCAGCCACCGGAACUCUGCCCACUGGAACUGUCACCAGCCACACAACUCCCUGAGAGAAGAUAAAAGGUCAUUUGAGCAGCAGUGCACAUCACAUGGAACAGAUUCAGAUGAGCACUUUCCUUAUAUGAUACCAGACAAGCAGGAUAUAAACUGAUCAUUUCCAAAAAGGCAUCUCAUUGUGCUUCUAGACUGGAGUUGGGGAACAGGAGUGCAAAUCUAUUUGUUGAACAGGAGGUUCUAAGACUGGGGAAAAGGGAGGUGAACACACCUAAAAUUUCUCCUCUAGGAUGUUUUGUACCAGUGCUUCAAUUCACGAUGAUCAAGAAGCAAUGGGUGUUGUUCCUAAAUUUUCUAUGCAUUUCUGCAGACUACUGAAUUAUUGUGAUUACUCAGAUAGUCAAACGAAAUCCACAGCCUUAUAUUUUACCUGUUUGCACCAUAUACUGAGAUAAUUCUAAGAAACUCCCAGAAAGGAAACAUGUCUUUUUUUCUCACAUGACUUCAUCUGUCAUAAGGUUUGGAAAUAAAUUGCAAGAGGAGUGGAAAUAGUGGCAGAUGAAAAAGAAUGAUUUGAGCUUCUCCUUCAUCGAUUAUCAAUAUCCUGACUUAUACCGACUCCUGAAAUAAAAAAGUGGUCUAGAAUGUGUGACACAGGUCUAUGAAAAGCUUUGACAUUCAGAGAGCACUGCUACCAAUACAAGACAUAUUUUACUAGCACAACUGUGGAAUUUCCUCUCCAGUCAGAUGGCUCUGAGGAUUUCUGAGCUGGCUGUAUCUGGAGGAGGGAAGAAUUCAGUAGGUGUCACUUAACAAUGUCCUUAGAACAAAGUCCUCUAGGGAAAGUAAGAUCUAGGGGUGUUGAAAGAUACCAUACCACUAUCAUUUAUUCUUCCUGAAAACAUGUGAAACCAGAAUUUCAAGACUGACUAGACUAGAAAGGGAGAUUACAUCGUUUUUUUCAUAAUAUGUUAAGGAAUAUGAAGAAGUUCAGACUUGAAGAUUCCUCUAUUUCUUUCAUUUUAGAAGGAUAUGAACCUGGGACUUUUGAUGUUUCUAGACUUUAAUUAUCAAAAAGACCACAGAUUGCCAGGAUUUCAUAAUGGGUGUGCAAGUAUAUGCCAUAGUCAUUUCCUCCUGAGUGGCUGAAACGAGAAAUUCAGUAUUUUCCCAACUUCAACUUCUAAGAAUGCUAGAUCUGGGCUGAAAAGAAAGGAAACUAACAUUUAGGGGAGACAUACUUAAAAACAACUAGUGGAUGGCAGGACAAGGGCUUAACAUUUUAGCUGUCAGAAUCUUGGAGAGAACUGACUGAAAGAGCUGAUGCAGAAGAGUGUCUGACAAAAAGCAAGCAACAGACUCCAGUAUAUUAACCUGGUAUUUUAGUAAUUUUGACUACGUGGAUUCCUACAGCAAAGGCUGACCUUAAGCGGCCCUUUAAAGAAUUUAACACAAAUGUCAAUUGGUCACCAUCAAUCAGUAAUGCAGAAUAUUUUUUAAAAGGGCAGCAAGUUAGAGGAAGAAAAGUGAAUGCUGAAUAUGGUGAUGAAACAAGAAUCAGAGACUUACAAGGAAAAGGCUGAGCUGAGAUUUCGCCCCAUUGUCUCUGGUUUUUCAUUCCUACAUUUAAUUCUUGUAAUAAUGUCCUCAGAAUAUAGAUGCAUUCUCUUUCAAAGCACCUGAGUACUUACCUUAGGGAGGGAAGUUUUUAACUUUGGAGAGAAAAGUUCUUAGUGGUGCUGGGGAGCAAACCCAGGACCUCAUGCAUGCUAAGCUGAAAGUUUUAACCUAAGUUUUAUCUUCCUCUAAAAAAAGAAAAUAAAGAUAUUGAAGAAGUAACAAAAAGAAAUGUUUAUUUGGUUAAGACAACUGGCACAUUUGGAAUGCUUCUUUUAUUUGUAUUUCAUUGUUAAGUUAUAAAACCCCUUAGUCUUGGCUACAUUUUCUUUCUGCAAGUGUGGUAUCCAGGCAAUUUUUCUCUUGGGCUGUGUAAUUCUGAGAAUUUUUUUUUUUUGUCUUUUUUUCUUUUUUAUCAGUACCGGGGAUGGAACUCACGACUGCCUGCUUGCAAGGCAGGCACUUAUGCCGCUGAGCUAAAUCCCCAGCCCCCAUUCUGAGAAUUCUUAUUCCUAGAAUACCUGGCUAAAUGAGCACACUAUGGAAGGCUAUACCUGCUUUUGUUAUUCACUACCUUUGAACCUGAGGUUUCCUGUCUAUACCUUUGAAGAAAGGAAUAAAUCCCCAUUGCAUUAAAAGGUUAUCAAAAGACUGGCUGGUCCGAUGGCAGUGGGUUAUCAGAACUUAUUAACAUUAGUGUCACUAAAGUUGGUAUACCACCCCCCCACUGCUAAAUUUGACUGGCUUUAAAAAAAAAAGGUCAUCAAAAGACUAAAAUACCAUUAAAUGCCCAAAAUAUUUUGUCAAUGUAUUCACAAUGGAAAUCUGCAACAAAUACACAAAACAGAUACUAAGAGCUGAGAAAUCUAUGGAAUGAAAGAUUCUUAGAGAUAAGGUGCUGAAGUCUUAGCAAUUAUCCCUAGGUCCUCUCUAAAUCAGGCAUGUGAGUUCAGAUGAGAUUAGGCUCUGAAUUUGAGAUCAAAUUAAAGCCUCAACUGGUUCCAAACCACAUUCCACUAACUUUGCAAAUAAAUUGAUCUUUAAUAUGAAACAAACUAAAAAAGCAUAAAGUAACUAAAUGGUAGAAGAAAAACUGUAGGAAGACAAUACUGGAAUCAUGUGGAUGUUUAGAAGAUAAUUGCUUCAAUAAAACAUAUAAGCUAGAAACUUAAAAUCUGUAAAAUAAGGAAAUAUAUGUCUUUGUUGUUACAUUGGAAAAAAAUAAUUUUAGAAUUGCUGUCCCAAAGAUACACAUAUAACUUUGCCUCAUUUCUGGUAUUUAGUUAUUUAUGUUUCAAUUUUAAUUUUUAAAUUUCCUUGUAAUUGUGAUCAGGCAUCACAAAAAUCAAAUGUUAUAGAUGCAUCUGUAUCAGCAAUGAAAAAAUAAAUAAGUGAAGGUGAUACUGCA